AUGUUCUGGAGGACACCGAGGACAAUCCAGUACGCACAGAUAUUUCUUGUUAUCGCCCCGGCCUUUAUCCUGUACGGUUACAAUCAAGCCGGACUUUCGGCACUCCUCGAUCUCCGCGAUGUGAUCUGCUACUUCCCCCAGAUUGACACUGUCAACACACAUGGAGCCAAGGAGGCAGAGAAUUCAACUAUCAAGGGUCUCAUCAAUGGCUGUUUGCAAUUGGGAGCCCUUGUUGGUGCAUUGUCCUGCUCCGUGAUUGGUGAUGUUAUCGGCCGUCGAAAGACCAUCUUCGUUGCUGGAAUCUGCGCCGCAGCUGGCCAGAUUCUCCAAUGUACAGCAUUCUCACUUGGUCAGUUUACCAUGGGCCGUAUUGUACUGGGUGUUGGAGUUGGUCAGUUGAGUGUUAUUGUGCCGGUAUGGCAAGCAGAAAGCUCUUCUGCUGGUAAUCGUGGCCGUAAGGUCAUUACCGCCGGCAUCUUCAUUUGCGUGGGAUUCGUACUUUCUAGCUGGAUCAAUUUAGGCUUCAGCAAGGCCUCCUUACCCCCGCUGCAGUGGCGCAUUUCGCUGGCAAUCCCGGCUCUCUUCUCCUUUAUUAUCUGCGUCUCCAUUUUUACACUUCCUGAAUCCCCUCGCUGGCUGGUCCAGAAGCACCGCAUCGCGGAAGCAACAGAAGCACUCGCGCAGCUCAAUGGCAUGCCCAGCCAUGACGAACAUGUUCAAUACGGGAUAUGCCAAAUCAGAAAUUCAUUAGAGACAGGCCCAAAAGUUUCCAUCAAGGAUAUAUUCGACAGGAACGACCAAAACCGGCUCCUAUACCGGUUUGGAUUAUGCCUCGUAAUACAAACACUCCAACAACUCGUGGGCGGGAAUUUGAUCUCGAUCUACACGACGAGUAUCUUCGAAAGAAAUUUGCACCUUCAAGGUGAUAUCCCAGCAAUCGUGGCCGCGAGCUCCCUGACCUGGAAGUUCCUUUGCUCUUUUAUAUCAUUUUUCGCAGUCGACCGUCUAGGGAGACGUUGGAUCUUCGUUAUAAGUGGGACUGGCAUGUCGAUGUGUAUGGUCGCCAUGGCCGCUGCCACAAGCUUUUCCUCGUCAAACCAUGCUGCCUCAAUUGUUGCAGCCGUGUUUAUAUUUAUAUUCAAUUUUUGCUACCCAAUCGGCUUCUUGGGGGGAAAUUUUCUGUACUGCGCUGAGAUUGCCCCUGCCCACCUACGAGCGGCCAUGUCCUCCAUAUCGACUGCGAACCAUUGGCUGUGGAACUUUAUCAUCACCAUGGUCACACCGGUUGCAUUGUCUAGUAUCGGCUGGAAAUAUUAUAUUGUCUUUGCCGCCACAUCUGCGUGUGUUCCUCUGAUUGUGUUGCCUUUCUUUCCAGAGACCAUGAAUCGUAAUUUGGAGCUGAUUGACAAAGUAUUCAAAGAAGCCCCCACUGUCUGGGAUAUUGUUCCAAUGGCUAGGCGGUUGCCACAGGGUGAUGCCCAGCCCAACGUGGGCGGUAUGAGUGAGGAGAAGAAUGCUGAAGGAGAGGUUGCCAGAGCUGAGCAAAGAGAAUUUGCUUGA